GCCAAGAACAACUUCACAUAAGUAUGGUCAGGUCAACAGAGUGGAUGUGUAGCCCAUUGCCAUUACAAAGCAGAUAUUUUUUGUACUCCUCUCUCUUCUUGGGCCCGUUCCUGGUGGUGGUCUCUGGAUCCUGCAACUUUCCCAUAGAAUGGAGGCUCUACAAAGGUAAUGCUGGUUACUGUAGCACAUACAGAGGCGAUGUGUGUCUGAACGUGCUCCGUCGAGACGCUCUGGUCUUCUUCAACUACUCUCUGCCGAACCCAGAGGAUGCUCAGGAGUAUCUGGCUCAAAGCGCAUGGGGUGAGCUGGAAGGAGUGAGCCCAUUCUGCAGGCCUGCUGUCAAAUCGCUGCUCUGCCAUGCUACCUUCCAGGACUGCAACCCAUCUGGUCUGGGCCCAGCACCCAAACCUGUCUGCAGGGAGCACUGUCUGGCAGUAAAGGAGCUUUACUGUUAUAAAGAGUGGCAUUCUGCUGAGGAUAGAUCUCUUCGUGGGUUCCCGCAUAGCUUGAGCAUCACUCUCCCAGAAUGCAGCUCUCUACCCAGUCAGCAAACAGACCCAUCCUCCUGUACAACUGUCCCUUACGUUGAUAUCAAUAAAGAUCAAGUUACAACAACAUGUUACAAUGACAGAGGAAGGUUUUACCAAGGAACUCACAACAUAACUGCAUCUGCAAUCCCUUGCCAGAGAUGGAAUCAGCAGGAUCCCCAUCAGCACAGACUGUCAGUAGACGUUAUUCUUGAGUUGCGAAAUGGAGAAAACUACUGCCGUAACCCUGGAGGAGAGAGCGACAGGCCGUGGUGCUACACUACAAACCCCAAUGUACGCUGGGAGUACUGCUUGGUGCCCAAAUGUGGAGAAGCUACCAGUUUAAAGACUGCACCCUCGAUUCCAAAACCCAUCCAGUUCUAUCCGCCCCCUCCUACGUCCACAGCGCACUCAAUGAGCGUUAUUAUCUUUGUCAUUGCUGGCUUUGCUGUGGCUGCCUUCUUCGCCAUACUCAUCCUCAUGUGUCACAGACGAAAGAAAAUGUGGAAAAAAAGAAAGAGUAGGGUCCUGGACACGCCAACUCUUACCACCCUGCCCUCAGAGCUCCUGCUGGACAGACUUCACCCCAACCCCAUGUAUCAACGACUGCCUCUCCUUCUCAACUCCAAGCUGCUCAGUCUCGAAUAUCCACGCAACAACAUUGAGUAUGUCCGUGACAUUGGAGAGGGGGCCUUUGGAAGGGUGUUUCAGGCGAGAGCCCCUGGACUUUUGCCAAUGGAGCCGUUCACCAUGGUAGCAGUAAAGAUGUUGAAGGAGGAAGCCUCGGCUGACAUGCAGAAUGACUUUCAAAGAGAAGCCGCUCUCAUGGCCGAGUUUGAUCACCCCAACAUUGUACGACUCUUGGGAGUCUGUGCGGUGGGGAAGCCAAUGUGUCUGAUGUUUGAAUACAUGGCCCACGGGGACUUAAACGAAUAUUUACGACAGCGCUCUCCAUCCCAGAAGUCCACUCUGAGUCGGGAUAGCCUGACGUGCAGCAGCCUUGCGUCAGUGACCGAGCAUUACCCGCUCCUCAGCUGCCUCGAGCAGCUUUCCAUCUCCAAGCAGGUGGCGGCGGGCAUGGCGUACCUGUCGGAACGCAAGUUUGUGCACCGGGACUUAGCCACCCGCAACUGCUUAGUUGGAGAAAACCUAAUUGUGAAAAUUGCCGAUUUUGGUCUCUCGCGCAACAUCUACGCAGCUGAUUACUAUAAAGCUGGCGAAAAUGACGCCAUCCCCAUUCGUUGGAUGCCUCCUGAGUCAAUCUUCUACAACCGCUACACCAGCGAGUCAGAUGUGUGGGCUUAUGGAGUAGUAUUAUGGGAAAUCUUCUCAUAUGGCAUGCAGCCCUACUACGGCAUGGCUCACGAGGAGGUCAUCUACUAUGUGAGGGACGGAAAUGUUCUCGCUUGUCCGGAAAAUUGUCCACAGGAGCUUUACAACCUCAUGCGUCUGUGCUGGAGCGGUCAUCCCACCGACCGGCCCAGUUUCGCCAGCAUUCAUCGCAUUCUGGAGAGAAUGCAUGAUCAGAUGAUCAAAUCUGGGCUGUCUUGAGGAAUCCUAAAAAUGCUGUUGAAAAAAAUCGAAAUUGACCUUAAAUAAUCUUUAGUGUUCAGUAACGUAUUAGAUUUCCAAAAAUACCUUGAAGGAUCUUGAAGUGGGAUAAACCACUUUAAGGAAUUCACAUGAGCUACUGAAGAUUGUGAAACAAAUACUCCAGAUCCCAGAGGAACAUUGUGGAAUAUAAAAGAAGCCUAAAAUGAUUGAAAAGGCUUACUUUAACACUUUAAGUAAUACUGAUCCCUCAAAGUCUUUGAAGAUGGCUGUUUCAUGUCUGCUCAUGGGAUCGCAAUUGUUUUCUUACAAUGACGCAGAUAAACAUCAAAGGUUUCAGGUGAUUAAUAUCAGCAGGAUCUAUGGUAAAGAAGUUCCAUGUCUAGUUUUAAGGAGGAAUAGUGCAGACAUUAAAGAACCUGAAGAGGCUUGAAACAUCUGCAAGUAGAGACAUCGAUGUUAUGCCUAAUCUGUUUUGGGUUUAGUUAAAAUGUAGCAUUUGAUUAUUGUUCAAUAACAUUCUUAAGAGGUGCACACAUAAUAAGAUGCAAAAUAAUGCUUUUGUUACGUUUUUAAAUGAAAACUAUAGCAUAUUUUAAAACGGCACAUUAUCACUUUGUUUUAUUUUCUAACUUGAUUUAUUUAUUCAUUAAUUGCUAUUCCAAAUUUAAGCAUUUAGGCAUUUUAGUUUCUCAUUUAAAUCUGCUGUAAAUAGAAGUAUCCUGACUCUGAAACAAUGUUUCAGAAAAGAUUGUAGGCUUAAAAAAAGAAAUAUUCUCAAACAAUUGACAACACAAUUAUAUAAAAGAUUAUGUCACAGUUAUUAGGAUUAAAUUGGGUUAUUGACAUUAAAGGGAUAGUUCACCCAAAAAUAAAAUAGUUUCUAAAGAUAGAAAGAUAUUAAAAAAAGUUUAUAACCUUCUUGUUCUUGGACCCCAUUGACUACCAUAGUAGGAAAAAUUACAUUAUAUAUUUUUUUGUUCUGUUGAACACAACAUAAUAUAUUUUGAGGAAUGUGGGACAGCAAACAGUUCUGGGGAACUUUUGACUACCAUUGUAAUUUUUCCUACUAUGGUAUUCAAUGGUGACCAAUAACUGCUUGGUUACAAGCAUUUGUCCAAAUAUCUUUUUCUGUGUCAAACCAAACAAAGAAAUGUAUACAGGUUUGGAACAACUAUAGAGUGGGUAAUUCAUGGCAUCAUUUUUAUUUUUGGGUGAACUAUCCCUUUAAUGCAUGCCAUAGUACUAAAAAACAGCAUUUAAAGGGACUGGUAAUUUUUAUUAGCAACUAAUUACUAAAAUUCCAUUUUCAGGAUGGACAAAGCUUUUGGAAAUAAUAUAAAAAAAUGCAUGAUAUUUUUUGUGUUACUGUUGUGUUGUUAAUAUUAUGUUUUAUAUAAUCAGCUCUGUUAAUCUAGUGGUCACAUUAGCUAUACAGUAGGAAUGUGUGCUGCAUAUCUAUGUUUGAAAAAUAUUAAAACAAAGAUUUUUUUUAUUAUAUUACCCUCGUCAUCUCCUUGCAAAAUAAAAUAAACCUUAUAAAUCUACUUCAGAUGUGGAUGGCUCAUUAGGAUACUGUUGGCAACACUGUAUAUUUUUAAUUUUUUUGCUGACUUAAAGGGAUAGUUCACCAAAAAAAUGAAAAUUAUGUCAACAUUUACUCACUCUCUUGACAUUUCAAACCUGUAUGACUUUCUUUCUUCUGCACAACACAAAAUAUAUUUUGAAGAAAGUUGGUAACCAAACCACGGCGAUACCAGUUGACUUGCAUUGGUUUUGUGUCCAUACAAUAGAAGUGAAUGGGUAACGCUGUUGUUCGGUUAGCAACAUUCUUCAAAAUAUCUUUUGUGUUGAUAUCUUUUGUGUUUUGUGUUGUGUAAAUCAUAACAGAAUUUUCAUUUUUUGGUAAAGUACGCCCUUAAGUAAAAUCUAAUAGGCUUAACAAGUAAUUUUAAAUUACUGCUUUAAAUUUAGUCAAGUUGAUAAAUUGAAAUUGCUUGACUUACUUUGAUGAGGUGAAUGAUGUUGUGAACUUUUAAAAUAGUAUGUUUAAAUGACUUGUAAAGCCAAUUUGAUUGUACUUAAACAUUUAAGGCAUAAAAAAAACGUUGUAUGCUAAAAUGGGAAAAUGUUAAAAAAAAACAGGAUACCAGUUUGGCUGGUUUGGCAGACAAGAUAGAUAUACUGUAUAUUCUGUACUAUAAUACUAGCUUGAAGUGACAGGUAGGGGGCAGUGUCAUAUCACAGCAGCAGCAGCACAUGAGCUCAUGGAACAGUCAUUUACUACACUACCUAUCUCUGCAUUGAAGCCAAUUUUUGUUCUAAGCAUUAAAAACAGGAACUUACUGAGACAGUAUUAAAUCACACUGGCGUUUAAAGAAACAGAAUCAUGAAGGAUUUACUUUCAUCGUGUGUGGGACAGUGGGUUCAUUUCUAGGAAUGUUAGCCCAUAUCUGAUAAUCCUAGAAAUACGUUGCCUUUGCCACCAUUUUUUGUACUGCUACGGAAACCACAACAAACAAGCAAGGCAGACCACAGACAUCACACUGCUAGGCCAGGAAAAACAAGUGACGACUGGGUUCACGAGCCACAGCUCCUGCCAAAAAGUUUGGAAGACACAGUGGCCACAACAGAACCGAGCGGGUGAAUUUGGGCCUCAGUGAUUUUUAAGUGUACACUCUCCCUGACCCUUGUGACGUACGUUUGUGGAAAACGCCAACUUCUGAUCACCUCACAUAACACUCACAGAGAAAAAUAAAACCUGCUGUUCCUUUCUCACAACAGUACAGAAGAAACAUUUUGUAAAUUUUAUAUUCAGAACUUUGAAUUUCAUAAGAAACAAUGAGGAACUUUUUUAUUAUUGUCCUCAUCAUUUGUUUAUGGGCCAAAAUUGGCCAAGAUAAGACUUUAUGUGGGUAAUACCCAAUAAAUUUGUUAAUUUGCCAAAGGUUACCCAAAAGAAGCCUUCAUAUACUCUUUUGCUUAUAUUUUGGGGCAUUUUUUGUCUUUACUGGACAGAGCAGCAUGUAAGGGCAAGACAUGAAAGUACAUUGUGGGGAAAUGGGAACAGGAUCGAUAAAAGACCUCAAGCCAAAAUGCAAUCUCGGGUCACCAAAUACAAGUUUGUGGCACUGUCCACUAUUGGUUGGACAACUUGACAUAUUUUAAAAGAUAUGAUCAGAUACUUUUUGAAAAAGUAUGGUAGGCUAAAUAUAGAAAGUUAAAAA